AUGUCUCUUGAGCAGAGGAGUCUGCCCUGCAAGCCUGAUGAAGACCUUGAAGCCCAAGGAGAGGACUUGGGCCUGAUGGGUGCACAGGAUCCCACAGGCGAGGAGCAGGAGGCUACCUCCUCCUCUGACAAGGAGGAGGAGGAGAUGUCUGCUGUUGGGUCAUCAAGUCCUCCCCAGAGUCCUCAGGGAGGCGCUUCCUCCUCCACUUCCGUCUACUACGCUUUAUGGAGCCAAUUCGAUGAGGGCUCCAGCAGUCAAGAAGAGGAAGGGCCAAGCACCUCGGUCGACCCAGCUCACCUGGAUUUCAUGUUCCAAGAAACACUGAAAUUGAAGGUGGCUGAGUUGGUUCGUUUCCUGCUCCACAAAUAUCGAGUCAAGGAGCCGGUCACAAAGGCAGAAAUGCUGGAGAGAGUCAUCAAAAAUUACAAGCACUACUUUCCUGUGAUCUUCGGCAAAGCCUCCGAGUUCAUGCAGCUGAUCUUUGGCACUGAUGUGAAGGAGGUGGACCCCGCUGGCCACUCCUACAUCGUUGUCACUGCUCUUGGCCUCUCGUGUGAUAGCAUGCUGGGUGAUGGUCAUAGCAUGCCCAAGGCCGCCCUCCUGAUCAUUAUCCUGGGUGUGAUCUUAACCGAAGACAACUGCGCCCCUGAAGAGGUUAUCUGGGAAGCGUUGAGUGUGAUGGGGGUGUAUGUUGGGACGGAGCACAUUUUCUAUGGGGAGCCCAGGAAGCUGCUCACCCAAGAUUGGGUGCAGGAAAACUACCUGGAGUACCGGCAGGUGCCCGGCAGUGAUCCUGCGCACUACGAGUUCCUGUGGGGUUCAAAGGCCCAUGCUGAAACCAGCUAUGAGAAGAUCAUAAAUUAUUUGGUCAUGGUCAACGCAAGAGAGCCCAUUUGCUACCCAUCCCUUUAUGAAGAGGCUUUGGGAGAGGAGCAAGAGGGAGUCUGA